GUGGCGGCAGAGGGAAAAUAUAGACUUUAGAAAUGUAUGUUGACAAGUUUAAUUAAUAAUAAUAUUAAAUGUGAGGAGGAAAGCAGGAGUGACCAUGAUUCAAGUAAUUUUGAGAUGAUCGGGAGGUGGGAGUUGAAGACUGGAGGCUCCAGCUGCGUUCUAAGGUCUGAAAACUGAGUGAGGUAGCUGUGCAGGUCUGCUGAUCACCACUUGCACUCUGAAGCUGCCAUGAAACAUCAGAUUUCACCUUCCAUCAUGCAUAAAAUCACCUUCCAGCUACAGUGAUAGGCUCACUAUGCUUCCAGCUUCACCAAUCACUGUCAAAAGACAAGGUCGUUAUGUUCCACGCUGAAGGUGCAUUAAUGGGUGACGGAGAUUAAUCAGGACCAAACAAAGUUGUUAUUUAGAGAUUAUUCAAUGGCGCAGCUGAUUCUUUUGUUCACUUCUGUGAUUGCAGGCAUUCUUAUGUGCAGGAUUUUCUAUAAUGCAUCAAAGAUGAUCACUCCAUGGUAUUUUAAAGGAUAUUACAAGCUUUCAAGAACUGAGCAAGUUGAAUGGAGCAAUCGGGUCAUUUCUACUGCUCAUGCAAUUCUUGUUUCAGUUGUUUCUCUCUACCUCUUGUACUUUUCUGAUAUUUUCUACGACAAUGUUCAAGAUGGGCCGGUUACUCUACGAAAAACUCUGUUUUCAACCUUCAUUCUUGGGGUGUCAACUGGGUAUUUUCUCUCUGAUCUGGGAAUGAUAAUAUGGUUUUAUCCAUCUUUGGGUGGCAUAGAAUAUGUUAUGCAUCAUUUAUUAUCCAUGACUGCAAUUGCCCUCUCCUUAUUCAGUGGGCAUGGGCAAAUCUACAUCUAUCUGGUUCUUUUGUCAGAAAGCACCACACCAAGCAUAAAUCUGAGAUGGUAUCUGGACACUGCAGGACUGAAAAAUUCGAAGGUCUAUGUGAUCAAUGGAGUUGCAAUGUUCUUUGGUUGGCUGGCUGCUAGAAUUUUUUUGUUCAUUUACUUUUUCAUACAUAUGUACCUGCAUUAUGAUGAGGUCAAACUUAUCUUUCCUGCCGGAUUCUACUUUCUAUUUGUGGCACCUCCAAUAUUGGCAUUGAUGAACAUAUUAUGGUUUGUGAGAAUCGCCAAGGGAAUGAUGAAGACUUUAUCAAAAAGGGCUAAACUUUAACUAAAUGUACCAUUUAUCCAUGUCCUCUGAUGUAGUUGUCUCACUCUCCAAUUUUACUUUUCAGAACCUAGGGUUCUUUUCACCCUAUGCUGCCCUAUUGUUCUGAAUGUACAUUUGUAUCCCGUUGACUAACAUUGGUCACUUGUGGACGUUAUUAUAAUUAUUUUCUUUCUUCAUUCUCAUGUAAUCACCAUACUGUAGCUGUAUUAUACUUAGCGCUUGUUAGGCUGUUUUUCAUUACCACCUUCCGAGUAUAAUGGUUCACAAAUUAUUAACGUGAGAAAAGUUUUUACUGAACUAUUUUGCUAGGCAUAUAAUAAUUUUCAACAGAAAGUUCCUCCUUUUAAAUCAGCACAAGAUCACUAAGACAUACACCCGUGAAAGGUUAUUAAUAGAAUCCUUGACAGACUGGGUAAGUUUAGAGUCCAGACUAAUGCCAUUUUUCCUUGGCACACUAGGAUAUUGGGCUUCUUUUUGGAACUGACUUGUCAUAUAAUUAUCAAAAGGCUUAAUUUGUUUUGA